UUCAUGGUGCAACAUCGAAUGUCGCAUUAGUCGUUCAAGUCUAACAUUUUAAUUAAAUUCUGCAUUUUCAAUCAAACGAACUUUUCGGUAAACAUGUCGUAGAGACGAAUAAAAAUGAUUUUAUUGUUAACAAUAGUUUUUAUUAAUCAAAUAUUAACCGUGUACAGUGAUUCGGCGGAAGAGAAUAAAUUUAUUGAUCAAUUACACGAACCUGAUCAGGAGAAGUUUUUAGAGAAAAUUGUUAGACGUAUUGCUGAAGAAGUCAAGCUGAAUAAUAGUCCAGUGAAAGAAAGUAGGAAUAUAUCAGAUGCAGAGCUUGAUAAGCACAGUGAUUAUGUUAAAAAAAUUAUCAAUGAGGAGAAAAUCAAAUAUGAAAAGGAAGCGGCACAUCGUAAAUUGUUGAAUCACAGUCAUAUUGAUCUUACCCUUAAACGUAAGAAGAGAAAUGAUGAUGAUUUACCUGAAAAGAGAAUUGAAUCGGAUAAAGUAAAAUCGUAUGUAACUAUACCUGUUCAAACAGUGUAUGAUUCUGAUUUAAAAAAAGAGUUGAAUCCCAUAAUUGAAUCCGCUCAUACAGGAAAAGAUGACAUACAAGUGAAGGGCACGAGUGGAAAGUCACGUAGAUCUGCAAUUUCAAAAGUUGAAACAGAAACUUUAGUCUCCUCCGAAAAAUCAAAGGACAUCAAUGAAUUAAAUAGUUCUCCUACUGAAAGCAGUGAUGUUAUAAAAGCAAUAGUGAAUACAGAAGUAAUUUCUACGGUUAUGAGUACUACUAAAGCUGAAAAGAGAAAUUUAAGAUUCGGCAACUUGCAAUCGCCAACAAUAGGUGCCGACGAAGAUUUGUCGGAUCAAGAAAAAGUUACAAAACAAAAUGACAAAAUCAGUGAUGAGGAUAGUUCAAUAAAUAGUUCCCAAGGUAAUGUCUCAGGUGUGAACAUUAUUAAAAUUGCUGACGAUAAUGUAAGUAAUACAACACAACUUGAUACAAGUAUUGAAAAAGUUAACAUUACAGACCAAGAAGUAAUAAGCUCUGAUUCUAAUUUAGAAGCCGGUAAACAUAACACGGUGUAUAACAGUCAUAAAAAUAACACAAAAGGAGAAGGUAAAAAAAUAACAACUGUCAAGUUCUCAUCACAAAUAAUAAAUUUGAAGAUAAUAACUAAUGAAAAUGUAGGUCAGAAAAAUGAUUCCAAAAAGGUUGACAAUCUUGCUAAAGACAAAAAAAUCGAGGCUCAAAAUAAAAAUAAUACUAAAGGAAAUGUAAAAAAUAGUUCUUUAGAAAAAACAACUAAUGCUUCAAAUAAAAAUGGUACAAAUAAAAAAGGAGAUGGUGUUAGUGAAGAAAUCAAAACGUUACAAAUAGCUCAAGACGUAGUUAAGGCGUUGAGGGUCGGAAUAGAUAGAGAUACAAAAAAUAGUGGCGUUAAAAAUAAAAAAUCUGAACAUGGCCCGACAAAUGUAUAUGGACUAUAUGAUAGUACUGAGGAAACUUCGUAUGGAAAACGAGAUCACAAUAAGGAACAGCCGUAUUACGUACCAGUUUAUAACUACUACGCCAAUAAUGCUUACUAUAACGCAUAUAAUAAAUUUGGACCUAACCAAGCAGAUUCAAUAACCAAAGAGAACCGAUUUCUAAUAAAUUCAAAUGAAGGCUAUGACAUGUCCACGGAGAAAUACUACCGGUCAUUUUAUAAAAGUCCGUAUAAAAAAAUUAUAAGACAAAACAUUAGAGGCAUAAAAAAAAUAACGGGGCCAUACCCUCUUCUUUUACCAGUUGCUGAAAAAACACAUAAAUCACCAUUAAAUGAGUAUGAAUAUGUAUAUGGAAAUGAUUUUAUUAAAGAAACCAUUCUUAGAUCUGGAAAUACAGUUAAUCGCUCAUCAGAUAGUUUGAAAAGCCAUUUGAAAAAGGUAAGGCAGUAUAUAUAUACUCUUACAAAGAAAAAGAGAAGCAAGAAAAAUAUAAGAGACACAUUAGACAAAGAAGCAAAGAAAAGAGGCUGGCUGGACACAAAUGUCGAAUACUAUACAAUCAAACCUCACACUGCUGAGAUAAAGCCAUUAAAAGCAUCUGAUCAACAUUUUAUGAUAGAUUACGACUAUGUAGGUGAAGCGUUUGAUCGUGAUUCAGCUAAGAAGCGUUUGCAACAUGCUGUGUUUGACGACAUUUUGAAGUCUAGUCUUAAAUCUCAUACUCCAUCACCAGAAAAAAGUAGUAAAAAUGAAAAUAAUGAUGUCGCUUUCAAAGUUAAGGAAGUUUAUCCAUUAUUGAAGAAAUUGAUGAAGAUUCUUGAAUUUGAAGAGGACAAAGAAGUUGAAGCUUGUGUUAGAGUUAUGGGUGACUUGAUACAUACAAAAAACGAAGGUUUAGAACAGUACGAUUGGCUUGAAAGUACUGUCAAUAUUCAGUCAGCUAUAGAGAAAUUAUCCAGUUUGACAGAAGCUGCGAUAUAUGGUGCCAAUAUACACCCAGCUGAUUUAGAGCUACUAAAAUAUACAACAUACAUAUUCUCGUUAGCAUCAGAGUACAAAAACAAAACGCCAAAUAGAAGAACUGCGCAGAAGACUGGAAAAAAGAGAAGUCGUGUUGGUAAAACACAACUAACUGAUAUGGUGUUGCAAUAUCAGAUUCCUGAUCCAGAUAUUGGAUAUGAGUUUGAUUAUAAAAGAUUACAAAAGUUUUUGGAAGAUCUUGCUGAUAAUCUGUAUGAUCUACACAACGCCUUCAAAUACAUAUCGAUGGUGACGUCUUUGAAAACUCAGCGCUGGUUUAAGAAUUUAAAAGACCUAUACUUGCACAAACCAAACAGAAAGCAACUAUUGGAGCUGGUGCUUCAUCUGGGGACAACGAGGCUUUUCAAUUUAAUAGAAGACGGAAGCAAAAAGGGAAUAGAAUCAGAUUUCAUGGCAUUCAUACAUCGCAACCAAAUGGACGUGUCUAUAGUUAAAGACUCGUUCGUUUUUGUAUUGAAAGUUUUAGAUGCGGCAGUGGAUAAUAAAUUGAUAGAAAGUUAUUAGGAGGUUGUGUGAAUGACUGAAUAGGUAACUCAAAAUUUUUAUUCAUUAUCAUAGGAUAUUGCUUAAUUGUCUAAUUGUCAAAUCUUUCAGUUUCACAACAUUGGUUGACAUCAAAUAAAUUACUUAAACCUAAGUUUAUUGCCGCUUCCAAGGCGACAGUGCAGAAGAAGCGGUAACAAACUGCACUGCAACAUAUUCUUCAACAAUGUCAACUUCACAACUAUCCAAACUUAGAAUAAAAAUGUGGACAAGAGAAUACAUUGUUCAGAUUAAUUUAUUUAUAUGAGAUUUUAAUAAUAAAUAAAAAAUAUAUAUAUACUUUUUAUGGAUUACCAAUUUUAAAUAGAUUUAUGUACAGAGUGUACUGAAUUUUGAUUUAGGUUCAAAUCAAACUACAAUUCAUUACGAGGUUCCUGUGCCAAGCUCAUGCCAGAUAUUUUUAUCAUUAAGAUAAAAUCAUCAGUCCUAUAAUAAGCCUUCUCACAAAGUACUUUCUUAACAUACUCUUUGAAUUUUUGAUUAGGCAUUUCAAGAACAGACUCCGGACUCCGGCAACCUAUUAUAAAAUCUUAUACAGUUCCCCAUAAAUGAUUUACUGACUUUGCUAAGCCUAUAAUACGGCAUGACCAAUUUAUGUUUAUUACGUAAAUUUCUAUCACCUGUGACACUAAAUUUUUGAAAAAAGAGGGUUUUUUCCUAACAUACAUAUAUUAUAAGAUCAAAAAUGUACUGGGACGCUACUAACCUGUAACCAUUGGGUGAGUCAGGUUUUUACACGAAGCGACUCCCGUCUGACCUCCGUAACCUUUGCAGGGGAACCUUACCCGCAUUGGAUCGAUCACGGUUACAUAUCUUUAUAGUUGCAGCGUGAUGUUAUAUAGCCUAAAGCCUUCCUUAAUAAAUGGUCUA